AAGAAAUGGUUCCUUUAGAGGAAGAGAAGACCAAGAGCACAAUGGAAUACAUAGAAGCUCUAGAAGAAGAAAGACGCAAGAUGGAAGUAUUCCAUAGAGAACUUCCUCUUUGUGUCCAACUUGUAACUCAAGCAAUUGAGAGUAUAAAAAAUGGAGAAGAUUGCCCGGUAAAGUCCGGGGAGGUGUUGCCGACACCGGUGUUGGAGGAGUUUAUACCGUUGAAGCCGAGCUUGAGUUCUUUUGAUGGAGAGGAUCGGCAGAGAUGUCAUGAGACGACAAUGGAGGAGAAGCCGGAUUGGCUUCGGUCGGUGCAGUUGUGGAGCCAAGAGCCAGAGCCGGAGUUGGAGUUAGAGAAAAAAGAAGGUGGGCAAUCUCCGACACAGAGGAAGGCGAGGAGAAGUUGGUCCCCGGAGCUGCAUCGGAAGUUCUUGCAUGCUCUCGAACAGCUCGGGGGAUCUCAUGUGGCAACGCCUAAGCAGAUUAGAGAAAUUAUGAAGGUGGAUGGACUCACAAAUGAUGAAGUAAAGAGCCACUUACAGAAAUAUCGAUUGCACACAAAAAGGUCGGCUCCUGCAGUACCGAUUAGUGGUAACAGCAGUGCGCAAACACCGCAUUUCAUGGUUGUCAGCGGCAUUUGGGUACAACCGAUAGAAUUCGCGUCCACAACACUUAAUGGCACAACUUCAUCUUCCUCUCAAAUGACAACAGUUUCUCCGGCCGAUGAACCGAAAUCAUAGAAUGUUUGCCACUAAAUUAUUAUUGUUUGAGAUGAAAUGUAAACAUAGACUUUGCUUUUGCUAGUUUUCAUCUAAUAAAGUAUUCACCAACUCAAGCUUAUCUA